AUGACGAGCUUCAACGAAUCCGCUGUGGGAAUUGCGCACGUCUACAGGGGGACAUUUGUGCACUCCACCUAUCACAAAGCCGUGGAAAUUCUGGAGGAUAGGCUACUGGGAGUGGACACGGAGGGGAAGGUCUGUCACAGAAGGAAGUUGUGAAACAGUAUUUUAAUAUCUCUUACGAGCAUCAUACAUUAUUUCAAUUAAUUUAGAAAUAGGCCUAUGUAGGCCUAAAAACGUUGCAUUUUAAACUUGAUUACCCUACUUUACAUAGGCAUAGUACACUUACAUGUUUUUCUACUCUUUUAUCCAUUAUUUAUUUGUUGCCGGAGUCUAUACAUUUUACAAACAUGCAUAGGCUCGGUAAAUAUUUUCAAAAUACUGUAAUGACAAACCUUGGCAAACAAAAAAAUUCCCCCAAGCCAACAUUUUAUUCGUUUUUUUUUUUGUGUGGCCUACACAAAUAACAUUUACUUCAAAAGAAGACAAACCAGUUUCAUUUGAUCCGUUAAAAUUGUGUGGCGUGUAACUCGAGUAGAACUAGGGUUAUUCCGUGACAACUGUCACAAAAGUUGUGAAAUGUAGUCAGACUGUGUAGCAAUAUAUUGCUUUGUCAUGCAUGUGAUGCAAGAUGUGUAAUCUGAUGCCUUUCUUAAUUGCACCUGAUGUGUUACAAUACAGUGGGGAAAAAAAGUAUUUAGUCAGCCACCAAUUGUGCAAGUUCUCCCACUUAAAAAGAUGAGAGAGGCCUGUAAUUUUCAUCAUAGGUACAAGGCAACUAUGACAGACAAAUGGAGGAAAAAAAAUCCAGAAAAUCACAUUGUAGGAUUUUUAAUGAAUUUAUUUGCAAAUUAUGGUGGAAAAUAAGUAUUUGGUCACCUACAAACAAGCAAGAUUUCUUGCUCUCACAGACCUGUAACUUCUUAUUUAAGAGGCUCCUCUGUCCUCCACUCGUUACCUGUAUUAAUGGCACCUGUUUGAACUUGUUAUCAGUAUAAAAGACACCUGUCCACAACCUCAAACAGUCACACUCCAAACUCCACUAUGGCCAAGACCAAAGAGCUGUCAAAGGACACCAGAAACAAAAUUGUAGACCUGCACCAGGCUGGGAAGACUGAAUCUGCAAUAGGUAAGCAGCUUGGUUUGAAGAAAUCAACUGUGGGAGCAAUUAUUAGGAAAUGGAAGACAUACAAGACCACUGAUAAUCUCCCUCGAUCUGGGGCUCCACGCAACAUCUCACCCCGUGGGGUCAAAAUGAUCACAAGAACGGUGAGCAAAAAUCCCAGAACCACACGGGGGGACCUAGUGAAUGACCUGCAGAGAGCUGGGACCAAAGUAACAAAGCCUACCAUCAGUAACACACUACGCCGCCAGGGACUCAAAUCCUGCAGUGCGAGACGUGUCCCCCUGCUUAAGCCAGUACAUGUCCAGGCCCGUCUGAAGUUUGCUAGAGUGCAUUUGGAUGAUCCAGAAGAAGAUUGGGAGAAUGUCAGAUGAAACCAAAAUAAAACUUUUUGGUAAUAACUCAACUCGUCGUGUUUGGAGGACAAAGAAUGCUGAGUUGCAUCCAAAGAACACCAUACCUACUGUGAAGCAUGGGGGUGGAAACAUCAUGCUUUGGGGCUGUUUUUCUGCAAAGGGACCAGGACGACUGAUCCGUGUAAAGGAAAGAAUGAAUGGGGCCAUGUAUGAUGAGAUUUUGAGUGAAAACCUCCUUCCAUCAGCAAGGGCAUUGAAGAUGAAACGUGGCUGGGUCUUUCAGCAUGACAAUGAUCCCAAACACACCGCCCGGGCAAUGAAGGAGUGGCUUCGUAAGAAGCAUUUCAAGGUCCUGGAGUGGCCUAGCCAGUCUCCAGAUCUCAACCCCAUAGAAAUCUUUGGAGGGAGUUGAAAGUCCGUGUUGCCCAGCGACAGCCCCAAAACAUCACUGCUCUAGAGGAGAUCUGCAUGGAGGAAUGGGCCAAAAUACCAGCAACAGUGUGUGAAAACCUUGUGAAGACUUACAGAAAACGUUUGACCUGUGUCAUUGCCAACAAAGGGUAUAUAACAAAGUAUUGAGAAACUUUUGUUAUUGACCAAAUACUUAUUUUCCACCAUAAUUUGCAAAUAAAUUCAUUAAAAAUCCUACAAUGUGAUUUUCUGGAUUUGUUUUUCUCAUUUUGUCUGUCAUAGUUGACGUGUACCUAUGAUUAAAAUUACAGGCCUCUCUCAUCUUUUUAAGUGGGAGAACUUGCACAAUUGGUGGCUGACUAAAUACUUUUUGUCCCCACUGUAGCUCACUUAACAAUAUAUGGAUACAUUAUAUUUAAAUGAAUUGAUCACCUUGUUGAGUCUAGCUGGCUCUGAUUGUCUCCCUGUUGCUCUAAUCAGGACCUUGUCUCUGGUUGGUUCUCAUGUUGACAGAUUGCUUUCAUUGGGAGUGGGAAGGAAGUGGACAGUCUGUCACAGAAGUGGGGUUUUGAGGCGUUGGCUGUUACACAGCUUGGUCAGCAGUGAGUGACGAGUCCUUUCUAUGAGAGUAACACUGAUUCCAAAUAAUUCACUACAUCUGUUUGUGACAGAACACACCCCAGUUAUUAUCCUAAAGCCCAUUUUGUUGUCUGUAGUGAGUUCUUCAUGCCAGGGAUGGUGGACACCCACAUCCACGCAUCUCAGUACAGCUAUGCAGGCACAGCCCUUGACCUGCCCCUGCUACAGUGGCUCAACAUGUACACCUUCCCAGUGGAGGCCCGCUUCAAAGACCUGGAUUUCGCCUGCAAUGUCUACACCCAUGUCGUGGUGAGCUGUCUGAGCCACACUAACACACCUCAGCCCAUAGAAGUCAUCAGUGCCCUGUUCAGUAUGCACCAAAUGCAAGAAAACAAACUGAAACAGGGACUACCUGAACUUGUCUAAUAAGAAACACUCACAAAAUGUUUUAAAAUGUGUGCCGUUGCACAUCCGAAUGAACAUGACCCGCUAGUAGAUUUCAGAUUAGCAUAGAAGAUCCUAGACAAUUCUUAUCUCCAUUUCCUAUUUUAAAUGUUUGUAAGACUAACGUUAUAAUUUUUAAAGCCUUGUGUUGCAGAGGGUAAUAUGGCAGUGACAAAGGACACGCAGGAGCAGCAAACUUUGGCAUUUUCUCUCACUUUUCGGAAUUCACUGCUGGGCAGGGAGAGGAACACCAAUGUGUUGUAAUUGGUUGGAUGUCGUGGCAAAGGAAGGCCAAUAACAAACGGCUAUGACCUUUUACUAAAGGUUAAUAAAGGGAUAGUUUACUUUUGUGAAGUUUUAGCUUAUUAAACAAACCUGCAGUGAAGCAAAAACUAUUACUGCACUAUGGGCCCGAUUCCGAUUUAGGAAAUUAAGCCUUUCUUACACAUGCCUUUCCUACGCACUUCUUAGUAAGGUGCGUGACAGGCUUUUCAGAAGUGGUUCCCAUGCACGCGCUAAAUACAGUGGGGAAAAAAAGUAUUUAGUCAGCCACCAAUUGUGCAAGCUCUCCCACUUAAAAAGAUGAGAGAGGCCUGUAAUUUUCAUCAUAGGUACAUGUCAACUAUGACAGACAAAUUGAGAUUUUUUUUCUCCAGAAAAUCACAUUGUAGGAUUUUUAAUGAAUUUAUUUGCAAAUUAUGGUGGAAAAUAAGUAUUUGGUCACCUACAAACAAGCAAGAUUUCUGGCUCUCACAGACCUGUAACUUCUUCUUUAAGAGGCUCCUCUGUCCUCCACUCGUUACCUGUAUUAAUGGCACCUGUUUGAACUUGUUAUCAGUAUAAAAGACACCUGUCCACAACCUCAAACAGUCACACUCCAAACUCCACUAUGGCCAAGACCAAAGAGCUGUCAAAGGACACCAGAAACAAAAUUGUAGACCUGCACCAGGCUGGGAAGACUGAAUCUGCAAUAGGUAAGCAGCUUGGUUUGAAGAAAUCAACUGUGGGAGCAAUUAUUAGGAAAUGGAAGACAUACAAGACCACUGAUAAUCUCCCUCGAUCUGGGGCUCCACGCAACAUCUCACCCCGUGGGGUCAAAAUGAUCACAAGAACGGUGAGCAAAAAUCCCAGAACCACACGGGGGGACCUAGUGAAUGACCUGCAGAGAGCUGGGACCAAAGUAACAAAGCCUACCAUCAGUAACACACUACGCCGCCAGGGACUCAAAUCCUGCAGUGCGAGACGUGUCCCCCUGCUUAAGCCAGUACAUGUCCAGGCCCGUCUGAAGUUUGCUAGAGUGCAUUUGGAUGAUCCAGAAGAAGAUUGGGAGAAUGUCAGAUGAAACCAAAAUAAAACUUUUUGGUAAUAACUCAACUCGUCGUGUUUGGAGGACAAAGAAUGCUGAGUUGCAUCCAAAGAACACCAUACCUACUGUGAAGCAUGGGGGUGGAAACAUCAUGCUUUGGGGCUGUUUUUCUGCAAAGGGACCAGGACAACUGAUCCGUGUAAAGGAAAGAAUGAAUGGGGCCAUGUAUCGUGAGAUUUUGAGUGAAAACCUCCUUCCAUCAGCAAGGGCAUUGAAAAUGAAACGUGGCUGGGUCUUUCAGCAUGACAAUGAUCCCAAAUACACCGCCCGGGCAACGAAGGAGUGGCUUCGUAAGAAGCAUUUCAAGGUCCUGGAGUGGCCUAGCCAGUCUCCAGAUCUCAACCCCAUAGAAAAUCUUUGGAGGGAGUUGAAAGUCCGUGUUGCCCAGCGACAGCCCCAAAACAUCACUGCUCUAGAGGAGAUCUGCAUGGAGGAAUGGGCCAAAAUACCAGCAACAGUGUGUGUGAACCUUGUGAAGACUUACAGAAAACGUUUGACCUGUGUCAUUGCCAACAAAGGGUAUAUAACAAAGUAUUGAGAAACUUUUGUUAUUGACCAAAUACUUAUUUUCCACCAUAAUUUGCAAAUAAAUUCAUUAAAAAUCCUACAAUGUGAUUUUCUGGAUUUUUUUUCUCAUUUUGUCUGUCAUAGUUGACAUGUACCUAUGAUGAAAAUUACAGGCCUCUCUCAUCUUUUUAAGUGGGAGAACUUGCACAAUUGGUGGCUGACUAAAUACUUUUUCCCCCCACUGUAUAUGUAAUUCAACUGCUGAAAACCCUCCCACUUACUGGCCAACAGAUUUUCUCAUGGAGUUUUCAUUCAAUAGUACAUUUAUCUUAAGCCAUCCCUUUAAAUACAUUGUACCUUUUAGUUUAAAGUUUGUCGACAGACUCACUAGAAUAUAUGGAGAGAACGGGUUCAGAAUAUUAGAGAUCAAUGAAAGAAAUCCAUCUAAAUAUAUGCAUAUUUGUCUCAGUUUCAGCACCAGUUGGUAGAUUUAAAAAUGCUCUGAUCUUGUAGAUUAUUUAGGGUUAGGAAAGUAUUUAAGAAUCAUAAAAAAACAGGUCUGGAGAGCCUUUACGCACGAAAGAAAGAAAAGUGUUUUGAUUCAUUCUGAAAAUUGCCACAUUCAGUUUUCUAACCCAGGGUAAUGUUGGAAGAUUAGUGUACAAUAGUAGGCUAUACCCUUGUCUAUUGCCUGCACUAACCAUGGAACUGUGUAAUGACAAGUACUACGCCUUCUGUCGGGUUCAAACUGUUAGGGCUUAGUCUGCGCUCCGCUCCAUAACGAUUGAAUUAGCCUACAUGUCAUUUUUUAAAAAUAUUAUCAACUGUUACUAAUGAUUCUCAGCAACAACCACACGGCUGUGAUGACGUUUAUAGAGGAAGCAAAUGAAGGUAAACUAAACAAUGUCAUUAAAUGGAAUGAUAAUGUAGUCUAUACCAACUGAAGGGAACUAACAGUGAAUUGGCAGUUGAACAUGAGUUGUUAUUAGGCCUACUGAUGGUCGAAACUGAUGGUGGCUAAUAUUUAACAUGGAGAAUAGUGUUAUUUCUAUUGGAAAAAAUGAAGUUGAUGCGUUUCCACUUGGAACCGGUAGGUUCGCUAGACCUUAUUCAUGGUUUCCUCGCGCGUAAAGGUGGUGGAAUUAUUUGGGAAUUAAGUCAAAGUCAGAAUACGGCGUAUCUGUAGACACACCUCCGCCACACCUUCAUUUAUUCGAUCUCCACCCAAAACGAAUAGCAGGUGAAUAGCAUGAUAUUCUCAUGCUUAAGUUCAAGGUCAGAAUACGCAGAGAGAGAAGUGCAUAAAAGGGAAUUACGUUCCAUUUACUCGUGCUUAACUCGGGUCGGAAUCGGCCCUAUAUCUUUAAGGUUGCUUCCUUGGCUACCAUAAGGAAUGCUCACGGAGUGGGACAUUGGCAUAGAAAAUCUGAAAUCCAGAUACUGUUACACACAGUAGGCUUGGGCAGGUGACAUUGCAGUGAGAGAUGGGUAUGUAUGAGCAGGCCCUAUUUGAAAAGAGUCUGAAUACUAACGCAAUACUUGUCUAUUUCAGAAAAGAACCCUGAGAAAUGGUACGACUACGGCCUGUUACUUUGCCACCAUACACACCGACGCUUCUCUACUGCUGGGCCAAAUCGCAAGUGAGAAAACACACACAUAAACGUGCACACACACACACUCUACUGCUCACUUGCACAUUUGCCGAGGUCAAAGUUAGCCCAGACAUUUGUGUGAUCUUAAUCAGAGUGGUUGUACUUUGAACUUUGACCUGUUUCCAGUGGUCUCCUCUCCUGUGGAUAACUCUUGUGUUUAUUACGUAAGUAUAACAAUUGAUGAGAAAGACAUAGAGAGAGGAAGGGAAGGACAUGUUAGAUAGUAAAAUAGUAUAGGACAUUAUCUAACUGGACCUAAACAUGAACCUUAGUCACAAAGUGUACAACUGUACCUGGAAUAUACACACACACACACAUUAUUUUAUUAUUAUUUAUUUUAGUCAUUUAGCAGACACUCUUAUCCAGAGCGACUUACAGUUAGUGAGUGCAUACAUUAUUUUUUUAUUUUUCAUACCCCCCGUGGGAAUCGAACCCACAACCCUGGCGUUCCAAACGCCAUGCUCUACCAACUGAGGUACAUCCCUGCUGGCCAUUCCCUCCCCUACCCUGGACGACGCUGGGCCAAUUGUGCACCGCCCCAUGGGUCUCCCGGUCGCGGCCAGCUACGACAGAGCCUGGAUUCGAACCAGGAUCUCUACUGGCACAGCUAGCACUGCGAUGCAGUGCCUUAGACCACAUGCCUUCACUGCGCAAGUUGUUAUGUAAAAUUGUAUAAAUCCCAGUCUCUUGUUUAAAAGGGGAAUGGAACUCCACUCCUCUUUCGUAUGUUUUCAUAUUUUUUCUUUAGACAGGAAAGUAGGUAGACUGAUAGCAGGGGAUAGACAGUAUCAAAGAUGGCGGUGUGGGGAUUCUAACCCUCGUCGCAGGAGGAUACAAUACAAGUGAUCUGGAGGCGGCUGUCUUGACCGCUAGGCCAGCCUCUGGCACACAUUCUCUAUGCUUUGUAGUUAGGUAGUUGACAAUGUUUAACUUCUUAUGUCAGUGUGAGCCAUCACUUGGGGGAGUCUAGUGUGAACGUUUUGUUAAUUUGCUGCAUGCCGUCUUUAUGGUUACCCACUGUAAUGAAAAUUAUUUUUACGAACACCAGCUCAGAACAAGAAAUGAACAUAGGGUAUAUUGUAUGUGGAGGAGUGAGUAGAAUUAGUCACUUUCUCAUCCAUUAACUGUAUGCCUGGAAUGUUUAUCCUUUGGUGGUUGCAUCACUCCUCCUAAAAAUAGUCCAGAGUUUGUAGUUUGGGAGGACACCAGAAUUGUGUCAUCACAACGUUAAAGCAUUUUCUGCAGCACCCGCCUUUUGGUUCAAUAGACUACUGUUAGCUUUAGUUUAUUAUUUAGGUUAUUCCACGAUGCUGACGAAGCCUAGUGACUAACAUCACAAAGGUCACUAAUGACUCCAGUCUGAUACAGUCUUGACAAAGUGCUACUCAUCACACCAAAUGCAGCUGCCCUGACAGGUGAUUUGACCGAUAUGGUGACCUUUGCCAAUGUUUCUUGUCAUUGCAGACGAUUUUGGACAGCGUGCCCUUGUGGGCAAGGUGUGUAUGGACACAAACAACUUUGUCCCACAUUACAAAGAGACGCCAGAGGAGUCCGAAGGGGAAACUAAAAGGUAGGUAGGUAAUAGAUAUGAGAGGGGGCAAGGGGAAACUAACAGGUAGGUAGGUAAUAGAUAUGAGAGGGGACAAGGUGAAACUAACAGGUAGGUAGGUAAUAAAUAUGAGAGGGGGCAAGCUGUAUACAGUCGUGGUCAAAAGUUUUAAGAAUGACACAAGUAUUGGUCUUCACAAAGUUCGCUGCUUCAGUGUUAUGAGAUAUUUUUGUCAGAUGUUACUAUGGUAUACUGAAGUAUAAUUACAAGCAUUCCAUAAGUGUCAAAGGCUUUUAUUGACAAUUACAUUAAGUUUAUGCAAAGAGUCAAUAUUUGCAGUGUUGACCUGUCACGGAUUCUGCCGAGGCUGCUCCUCCUCCUUGUUCGGGCAGGCUUCGGCGUUCGUCGUCCCCGGAGUACUAGCUGCCACCGUUGAAUGUUUCUAUGUUUGAUUGCUUUUGUCUGUCUAUUGCACCUGUGUCCGUUUGUGUCUGAUUAUGUGUUCUAUAAGUUGCCUGUUUUGUAGUGGUUAGGUUGUGUGUUGUUAUUCGCCUGUCCGUUAGUGCUGCGUGUUUUCUCUGUUUAUUGUUUUGUUAGUUUACGCACAGUCUGCGUAAUCGCUCGCCUCUGUUUGUUGUUUGAGGCCGUUCAUUGUAUUGUGCUUGGGUUUGCACUAGUAAACGUUGUUGGACUAAGCUUCGGUGUCCUGCGCCUGACUCCCGCACCACAUUAACCUCAGCUAAUGACAUGACCCUUCUUUUUCAAGACCUCUGCAAUCCGCCCUGGCAUGCUGUCAAUUAACUUCUGGGCCACAUCCUGACUGAUGGCAGCCCAUUCUUGCAUAAUCAAUGCUUGGAGUUUGUCAGAAUUUGUGGGUUUUUGUUUGUCCACCCGCCUCUUGAGGAUCGACCACAAGUUCUCAAUGGGAUUAAGGUCUGGGGAGUUUCCUGGCCAUGGACCCAAAAUGUUGAUGUUUUGUUCCCCGAGCCACUUAGUUAUCACUUGUGUACAGUAGUAUGUAUAUUAGGAUGGUUUGACAGUACCAGUCAAACGUUUGGACACACCUAUUAAUUCAAGGGUUUUUCUUUAUUUUUACUAUUUUCUACAUUAUAGAAUAAUAAGACAUCAGAACUAUGAAAUAACACACAUGGAUUCAUGUAGUAACCAAAAAAGGGUUAAACAAAUCAAAAUAUAUUUUCUAUUUGAGAUUCUUCAAAGCAGCCACCCUUUGACUUGAUGACAACUUUGCUGUCAUGACUUCCUCCGAAGCUGCCUCCUCUCCUUGUUCAUCUUUUCACUCUUCAUGACAUUCUGGAGUAUAUGCAAAUUGCCUCAUCAAAACUGAGGCAGCAGACUUUGUGAAAAUUUGUAUUUGUGUCAUUCUCAAAACUUUUGACCACGACUGUACAGUUGAAGUCGGAAGUUUACAUACACUUAGGUUGGAGUCAUUAAAACUUGUUUUUCAACCACUCCACAAAGUCGGUUUAGGACAUCUACUUUGUGCAUGACACAAGUACUUUUUCCAACAAUUGUUUACAGACAGAUUAUUUCACUUAUAAUUCACUGUAUCACAAUUCCAGUGGGUCAGACAUUUACAUACACUAAGUUGACUGUGCCUUUAAACAGCUUGGAACGUUCCAGAAAAUCAUCAUGGCUUUAGAUGCUUCUGAUAGGCUAAUUGACAUAAUUUGAGUCAAUUGGAGGUGUACCUGUGGAUGUAUUAUAACGCCUACCUUCAAACUUGCUUGACAUCAUGGGAAAAUCUAAAUAAAUCAGACAAGACCUCAGAAUUUUUUUUUGUAGACCUCCACAAGUCUGGUUCAUCCUUGGGAGCAAUUUCCAAAUGCCUGAAGGUACAACGUUCAUCUGUACAAACAAUAGUACACAAGUAUAAACACCAUGGGACCACGCAGCCUUCAUACCGCUCAGGAAGGAGACGCGUUCUGUCUCCUAGAGAUGAACGUACUUUGGUGCGAAAAGUGCAAAUCAAUCCCAGAACAACAGCAAAGGACCUUGUGAAGAUGCUAGAGGAAACAGGUACAAAAGUAUCUAUAUCCACAGUAAAACGUGUCCUAUAUCGACAUAACCUGAAAGGCCGCUCAGCAAGGAAGAAGCCACUGCUCCAAAACCGCCAUAAAAAAGCCAGGCAACUUUUUGCAACUGCACAUGGGGACAAAGAUUGUACUUUUUUGAGAAAUGUCCUCUGGUCUGAUGAAACACAAAUAGAACUGUUUGGCCAUAAUGAUUAUCGUUAUGUUUGGAGGAAAAAGGGGCAUGCUUGCAAGCUGAAGAACACCAUCCCAACCAUGAAGCACGGGGUGACAGCAUCAUGCUGUGGGGAUGCUUUGCUGCAUGACGGACUGGUGCACUUCACAAAAUAGAUGGCAUCAUGAAGAAGGAAAAUGAUGUGGAUAUAUUGAAGCAACAUCUCUAGACAUCAGUCAGGAAGUUAAAGCUUGGUCGCAAAUGGGCCUUCCAAAUGGACAAUGACCCCAAGCAUACUUUCAAAGUUGUGGCAAAAUGGCUUAAGGACAACAAAGUCAAGGUAUUGGAGUGGCCAUCACAAAGCCCUGACCUCAAUCCUAUAGAACAUUUGUGGGCAGAACUGAAAAAGUGUGUGCGAGCAAGGAGGCCUACAAACCUGACUCAGUUACACCAGCUCUGUCAGGAGGAAUGGGCCAAAAUUCAUCCAACUUAUUGUGGGAAGCUUGUGGUAGGCUACCCGAAACGUUUGACCCAAGUUAAACAAUUUAAAGGCAAUGCUACCAAAUACUAAUUGAGUGUACGUAAACUUCUGACCCACUGGAAAUGUGAUGAAAGAUAUAAAAGCUUAAAUAAAUAAUUCUCUCUACUAUUAUUCUGACAUUUCAUAUUCUUAAAAUAAAGUGGUUAUCCUAACUGACCCAACACAGGGCAUUUUUACUAGGAUUAAAUGUCAGGAAUUGUGAAAAACUGAGUUUAAAUGUGUUUGGCAAAGGUGUAUGUAAACUUUCGACUUCAACUGUACAUAAUAAAUAUCUAAAGAAUUAGAACAGGAGCUUUGAACAGGAAGAGUUUAUGGACUCUCACAAUGGCCUUUUGACUCUAUCUCAUGACUCAAGACUGUAAGGUGUAGUGGAAAAUAAUUUCCUUGGAGGAAGAGGACGGUAAACGUUUCUAUUCUGUUCCAUUUUAUGAUAUUGUAUUCUAUUCUAUAUAUAAGCAGGUGCAGGAAGCCUACAUUUUGUGCACUUCUCUUGAAUGCUCAAAGCCCUUUUCUGCAAAUUCAACCAAUGACCAAGAAUAACAUUAUCAUAUUGCGUCAGAUGGCUGGCUCUUUCUAGACUUUACAUGAGUCUGCAUUCCAUAAUGAUUCAAAUGGCUACAUGUCCCAAAUUAACUAAUAUGAUCCACUAUAGCUAGCGAUCCUCAAGAACAACCACACGAUCAUGACAGAGGAAAGAAAGGUAAACUAACGAUGUAAUGGAAUGAUGCAAAAUGUAAGGAAACUAACAUUGAAGUCAGUGACAAUUAUAAAUGUAUGUGGGUAUAACUGACGGUGGCUACCAAUAGUGGCUAAUAUUUAACAUGAUAUAAUUAAAACUUUAUAGAAAUCAGAAAUUAACUCUGUAGGUUUGGCGCUAUACUGUUAUUUGUGUAUGGCUACAGAAGCCUGUAGCUUGGGUCUCCACAUUUCUUCCCUAGUUAUUAGUCCUGCAUUUCAUAAACUUCACUGUGGAAAAGGUGAUAUGUUAUGCUUCAGUUUGCUGCCAUAUGUCUGGUUUCACAUUUGUCUCCAGCGAUCAUACGGUAAAAUAGAUCGAAAACAAUUGUCAUCUAUAUUUACAAUCCUCUAAUCCAAACAGCUUACUCAUUUACCUAGCUCUUAUCAAUAUAUCUUAUCAAUUUGUUAAAUUGCAGUGCAUGGAGAAUGGUGUUAUUUCUAUCAGAAAAAAUAAAGUACAGUGGGGAAAAAAGGAUUUAGUCAGCCACCAAUUGUGCAAGUUAUCCCACUUAAAAAGAUGAGAGAGGCCUGUAAUUUUCAUCAUAGGUACACGUCAACUAUGACAGACAAAAUGAGAAAGAAAAAUCCAGAAAAUCACAUUGUAGGAUUUUUAAUGAAUUUAUUUGCAAAUUAUGGUGGAAAAUAAGUAUUUGGUCAAUAACAAAAGUUUCUCAAUACUUUGUUAUAUACCCUUUGUUGGCAAUGACACAGGUCAAAUGUUUUCUGUAAGUCUUCACAAGGUUUUCACACACUGUUGCUGCUAUUUUGGCCCAUUCCUCCAUGCAGAUCUCCUCUAGAGCAGUGAUGUUUUGGGGCUGUCGCUGGGCAACACAGACUUUCAACUCCCUCCAAAGAUUUUCUAUGGGGUUGAGAUCUGGAGACUGGCUAGGCCACUCCAGGACCUUGAAAUGCUUCUUACGAAGCCACUCCUUCAUUGCCCGGGCGGUGUGUUUGGGAUCAUUGUCAUGCUGAAAGACACAGCCACGUUUCAUCUUCAAUGCCCUUGCUGAUGGAAGGAGGUUUUCACUCAAAAUCUCACGAUACAUGGCCCCAUUCAUUCUUUCCUUUACACGGAUCAGUCGUCCUGGUCCCUUUGCAGAAAAACAGCCCCAAAGCAUGAUGUUUCCACCCCCAUGCUUCACAGUAGGUAUGGUGUUCUUUGGAUGCAACUCAGCAUUCUUUGUCCUCCAAACACGACGAGUUGAGUUUUUACCAAAAAGUUAUAUUUUGGUUUCAUCUGACCAUAUGACAUUCUCCCAAUCCUCUUCUGGAUCAUCCAAAUGCACUCUAGCAAACUUCAGACGGACCUGGACAUGUACUGGCUUAAGCAGGGGGACACGUCUGGCACUGCAGGAUUUGAGUCCCUGGCGGCGUAGUGUGUUACUGAUGGUAGGCUUUGUUACUUUGGUCCCAGCUCUCUGCAGGUCAUUAACUAGGUCCCCCCGUGUGGUUCUGGGAUUUUUGCUCACUGUUCUUGUGAUCAUUUUGUCCCCACGGGGUGAGAUCUUGCGUGGAGCCCCAGAUCGAGGGAGAUUAUCAGUGGUCUUGUAUGUCUUCCAUUUCCUAAUAAUUGCUCCCACAGUUGAUUUCUUCAAACCAAGCUGCUUACCUAUUGCAGAUUCAGUCUUCCCAGCCUGGUGCAGGUCUACAAUUUUGUUUCUGGUGUCCUUUGACAGCUCUUUGGUCUUGGCCAUAGUGGAGUUUGGAGUGUGACUGUUUGAGGUUGUGGACAGGUAUCUUUUAUACUGAUAACAAGUUCAAACAGGUGCCAUUAAUACAGGUAACGAGUGGAGGACAGAGGAGCCUCUUAAAGAAGAAGUUACAGGUCUGUGAGAGCCAGAAAUCUUGCUUGUUUGUAGGUGACCAAAUACUUAUUUUCCACCAUAAUUUGCAAAUCAAUUCAUUAAAAAUCCUACAAUGUGAUUUUCUGGAUUUUUUUCUUCUAAAUUUGUCUGUCAUAGUUGAUGUGUACCUAUGAUGAAAAUUACAGGCCUCUCUCAUCUUUUUAAGUGGGAGAAUGUGCACAAUUGGUGGCUGACUAAAUACUUUUUUCCCCCACUGUAGAUGUUCCACUUGGAACCGACAGGUUGCUAGACCUUAUUAAUUGUUUCAUAGUGUGUAAAGGUUGGGGAUUCAUGAGGGAAUUAAGUAAAGGUCAGAAUACGGUGUAUCUGUAGACACACCUCCGCCACACCUUCAUUUAUUUGAUCUCCACCCCAAACAAAUAGCGGGUGAAUAUUCUCAUGCUUAAAUUCAUAAAAACGGAAUUAGGUUCCAUUUACGCACGCUUAACUCGGGUCGGAAUUCCCCCCCCCCCCCCAGGAACCAAACAGAACGAAACGGGGAGGAACCUACCUGAAGUUGUCCAAUAGAAACAUGUUUUCGUAUAUUUAAAAAACAAGACAUUUUAGAGUAAUUGGUUUCUGUUGCACCAUUUUUUGCUACAGUGCAAAAUGUUUCUACACUGCUCAAAAAAAUAAAGGGAACACUUAAACAACACAUCCUAGAUCUGAAUGAAUGAAAUAAUCUUAUUAAAUACUUUUUUCUUUACAUAGUUGAAUGUGCUGACAAGAAAAUCACACAAAAAUUAUCAAUGGAAAUCAAAUUGAUCAACCCAUGGAGGUCUGGAUUUGGAGUCACCCUCAAAAUUAAAGUGGAAAACCACACUACAGGCUGAUCCAACUUUGAUGUAAUGUCCUUAAAACAAGUCAAAAUGAGGCUCAGUAGUGUGUGUGGCCUCCACGUGCCUGUAUGACCUCCCUACAACGCCUGGGCAUGCUCCUGAUGAGGUGGCGGAUGGUCUCCUGUGGGAUCUCCUCCCAGACCUGGACUAAAGCAUCCGCCAACUCCUGGACAGUCUGUGGUGCAACGUGGCGUUGGUGGAUGGAGCGAGACAUGAUGUCCCAGAUGUGCUCAAUUGGAUUCAGGUCUGGGGAACGGGCGGACCAGUCCAUAGCAUCAAUGCCUUCCUCUUGCAGGAACUGCUGACACACUCCAGCCACAUGAGGUCUAGCAUUUUCUUGCAUUAGGAGGAACCCAGGGCCAACCUCACCAGCAUAUGGUCUCACAAGGGGUCUGAGGAUCUCAUCUUGGUACCUAAUGGCAGUCAGGCUACCUCUGGCGAGCACAUGGAGGGUUGUGCGGCCCCCCAAAGAAAUGCCACCCCACACCAUGACUGACCCACCGCCAAACCGGUCAUGCUGGAGGAUGUUGCAGGCAGCAGAACGUUCUCCACGGCGUCUCCAGACUCUGUCACGUCUGUCACGUGCUCAGUGUGAACCUGCUUUCAUCUGUGAAGAGCACAGGGCGCCAGUGGCGAAUUUGCCAAUCUUGGUGUUCUCUGGCAAAUGCCAAACGUCCUGCACGGUGUUGGGCUGUAAGCACAACCCCCACCUGUGGACGUCGGGCCCUCAUACCACCCUCAUGGAGUCUGUUUCUGACCGUUUGAGCAGACACAUGCACAUUUGUGGCCUGCUGGAGGUCAUUUUGCAGGGCUCUGGCAGUGCUCCUCCUGCUCCUCCUUGCACAAAGGCAGAGGUAGCGGUCCUGCUGCUGGGUUGUUGCCCUCCUACGGCCUCCUCCACGUCUCCUGAUGUACUGGCCUGUCUCCUGGUAGCGCCUCCAUGCUCUGGACACUACGCUGACAGACACAGCAAACCUUCUUGCCACAGCUUGCAUUGAUGUGCCAUCCUGGAUGAGCUGCACUACCUGAGCCACUUGUGUGGGUUGUAGACUCCGUCUCAUGCUACCACUAGAGUGAAAGCACCGCCAGCAUUCAAAAGUGACCAAAACAUCAGCCAGGAAGCAUAGGAACUGAGAAGUGGUCUGUGGUCACCACCUGCAGAACCACUUCUUUAUUGGGGGUGUCUUGCUAAUUGCCUAUAAUUUCCACCUGUUGUCUAUUCCAUUUGCACAACAGCAUGUGAAAUUUAUUGUCAAUCAGUGUUGCUUCCUAAGUGGACAGUUUGAUUUCACAGAAGUGUGAUUGACUUGGAGUUACAUUGUGUUGUUUAAGUGUUCCCUUUAUUUUUUUGAGCAGUGUAUUUUGCUAUGGUGCAACAUUUUUCUAUUUUGCUACAGUGCAACAUUUUGCUACGGUGCAACAUUUUUCUAUUUUGCUACAGUGCAACAUUUUGCUACGGUGCAACAUUUUGCUAUGGUGUGCGACUAAUAAAUACACCCCAGCAGUCUCUCAACUCCUGUCAAGAGUGUUUUGCUUGGUUGUGUCUGGUAAUACAGCAUUCUUCUGAAGAAGGAAAAAAAACGUGUUGAUUUAUUGUUUUGUGUUGCUCUAGGUUCAUUGGUGAGCUCUUAAAGAAGAAGGUAAGACUCCUUUGCCUCGCUAGAACAGGGUGUUUCUAAGCCUAAUAGAAUGUAAGGGAACAUGUACAAGUCAGUGGCAAACCCAUGUAGGUAUUGAAUCCCAUUCCCUCAAUACAAAACCAAAAUAUCACAGGAACAUUUGUGAUCAGAAUCUUUAAAAGGAGCUUUUUAGGGUGUUUCUCACUGGGUGUAUUUCUGUCUUGUUUGGGGCAGUACCCCCUUGUGAGGCCAGUGGUGACCCCGCGCUUCGCCCCAUCCUGCUCCUCCGCCUUGCUGGGUCACCUGGGAGAGAUUGCCCAGAACAACCACCUGCACAUCCAGGUGAGCCUUGCUAGCCUGUCGUCACGGCAACCAAGUGUAUUUAUCUCUGACUCUCCAUCUCUCUCUCUUGCUUUCAUACACAUUGAUAAUCACCUGAACAUUCAAACAAUUCAUUGAUCUUCUCUGUGAUCCCCAGAGUCACAUCAGUGAGACGAAGGAGGAGGUGAAGCUGGUGAAGGAGCUGUUCCCAGACUACGACUCCUACACAGAUGUCUACCACAGACACAACCUUCUCACAGACAAGGUUAGCCCAUCGCAUGCACGCACACACAACCUCACCACAAGGACAUUCCAUGGAUAAUGAAGAUCAUAAUAUUGCUAAUGAUAGUGGUGGCGAUAAGGAUCAUGAUGAUGAUAUUGGUGGUGGUGAUAAUUAUGACAAUGAUGAUUAUACAGUGCAUUCGGAAAGUAUUCAGACCCCUUCACUUUUUCCACAUUUUGUUACGUUACAGCCUUUACAUUUUUAUUUUUAUCAUCAAUCUACACACAAUACCUCAUAAUGACAAAGCACAAACAGGUUUUUUAGAAGUUAUUGCAAAUGUAUUAAAAAUAAACUGAUCACAUUUACAUAAGUAUUCAGACCCUUUACUCAAUACUUUGUUGAAUCACCUUUUGCAGCGAUUACAGCCUCGACUCUUCUUGGGUAUGACGCUACAAGUUUAGCACACCUGUAUUUGGGGAGUUUCUCCCAUUCUUCUCUGCAGAUCCUCUCAAGCUCUGUCAGGUUGGAUGGGGAGCGUCGCUGCACAGCUAUUUUCAGGUCUCUCCAGAGAUGUUCGAUCAGGUUCAAGUCCGGGCCCUGGCUGGGCCACUCAAGGACAUUCAGAGACUUGUUCCGAAGCCACUCCUGAGUUGUCUUGGCUGUGUGCUUAGGGUCGUUGUCCUGUUGGAAGGUGAACCUUUGCCCCAGUCUGAGAUUCUAAGAGUUCUAGAGCAGGUAUUCAUCAAGGAUCACCUUCCUGACUAGUCUCCCAGUCCCUGUCGCUGAAAAACAUCCACACAGCAUGAUGCUGCCACCACCAUGCUUCACCGUAGGGAUGGUAUUGGCCAGGUGAUGAGCGGUGCCUGGUUUCCUCCAGACGUGACGCUUGGCAUUCAGGCCAAAGAGUUCAAUCUUGGUUUCAUCAGACCAGAGAAUCUUGUUUCUCAUGGUCUGAGAGUCCUUUAGGUGCCGUUUGGCAAACUCCAAGCGGGCUGUCAUGUGCCUUUUACUGAGGAAUGGCUUCCGUCUGGCCACUCUACCAUAAAUGCCUGAUUGGUGGAGUGCUGGAGAGAUGGUUGUCCUUCUGGUAGGUUCUCCCAUCUCCACAGAGGAACUCUGGAGCUCUCUCAGAGUGACCAUCGGGUUCUUGGUUAUCUUCCUGACCAAGGCCCUUCUCCCCCGAUUGCUCAGUUUGGUCGGGCAGCCAACUCUAGGAAGAGUCUUGGUGGUUCCAAACUUCUUCCAUUUAAGAAUGAUGGAGGCCACAGUGUUGUUGGGGACCUUCAAUGCUGCAGAAAUGUUUUUGUACCCUUCCCCAGAUCUGUGCCUAGACACAAUCCUGUCUCUGAGCUCUACGGACAAUUCCUUCGACCUCAUGGCUUGGUUUUUGCUCUGACAUGCACUGUCAGCUGUGGGACCUUAUAUAGACAGGUGUGUGCCUUUCCAAAUCAUGUCCAAUCAAUAUAAUUUACCACAGGUGGACUCCAAUCAAGUUGUAGAAACAUCUCAAGGAUGAUCAAUGGAAACAGGACGCACCUGAGCUCAAUUUCGAGUCUCAUGGGAAAGGGGGAUAUCUAGUCAGUUGUACAACUGAAUGCAUUCAACUGAAAUGUGUCUUCCGCAUUUAACCCAACCCCUCUGAUUCAGAGAGGUCUGAAUACUUAUGUAAAUAAGGUAUAUCUGUUUUUUAUUUGAAAUACAUUUGCAAAAAAUUCUAAACUUAUUUUUCGCUUUGUCCUUAUGGGGUAUUGUGUGUGUAGAUUGAUGAUAAUUAUUUUUUAAAUCAAUUUUAGAAUAAGUCUAAUGUAACAAAGUGGAAAAAGUGAAGGGGUCUGAAUACUUUCCCAAUGCACUGUAAUGAUGUGGUAAUGGUAGUAAGGAUGAUUAUGAUGAUAUUGUUGUUGAUGAUGAUGAUGGUUCACAGACGGUGAUGGCUCAUGGUUGUCACCUGACCGAUGGAGAGCUGAAGCUGUUCAGAGAGACAGGGGCGUCCGUUGCUCACUGUCCCAAUUCCAACAUCUCGUAAGUGUUUUCUCCUUCUUCCCCACCUAAAGGCUGGGCCCUAAUUGAUGUGCUCUCUGACACCUGGAGUUGCAUGGCAAAUUGUCCAGGAGCACAAGGAAGACAAAGGACAAUGCCAAAGAUUUAGUCAGCCCUUCGACCUCUGAGGGGCCAAAUUGUAUCUCUGUUACAGUAUCCAGAGGUCUGACUAUUGAAUGAGUGAUAGAAUAAUGCUAUAUUAUACAUGUUUGGUAUCUAUUUGAAACUUGUUCACUGAGGAUAACUCUGAUUUUCUCUCUCUGUCUUUCUCUCUCUGUCUCUGUCUGUGUGUGUGUGCUAUCUUGAGUGCUGAUAUGAUAUUUAGGAUAACUGCUGAGUUCUUAACUGGAUAGGGUCAAAUAUAAGAAUCUGAUUUAUUUAUAAAUCCUCAGCCAUGGUGUUUCACCCGUCCAUAUUCUCUCUCAUUUCCCUCAUUUUUUUCUCUCUCAAGGUUGUGCAGUGGUAUGCUAGAUGUGCGCAGGGUUCUGAACCACAAAGUGAAGCUGGGGCUUGGCACAGGUGAGUCCAUGACAACACACUACAAAACAUAUACUUUUCCUGUUACCUGAGAGCACAGUGUUCUGUAUAGUUUUUUUUUAGCCUAUGUGUACUGUAUCCAAAAAACUAUUACAAUGUUGAAAUAUACCUGAACUUUCCAUAUUGGAAAUUUGCAACUAAAUCAAGGCAAUCGUGAUUGAGUUAUAUAAUCUAUGAUCUGAUGAUGUGUCCAAGUGCAUCUCAAGAUGUAUUGUUCAAAUGGCACAGAUUAUAUUAUUUUGAUGAAACGUUUUAUGAAAUAUAGGCCUACUCUCAUAUUCUUACAAUGAGUAUUUUACAUUCAUUAUGAUUUUGAAUGAUCCCAAUAGGUUUUUCUUUUUCAUGUUAAAUACUGUUGAAGUAAUAUGGCUACAGGUUCAUCUGCCUCACCUAAAGCCCAUUCUGGUGGGAAGCUGCUAUAGACCACCAAGUUCUAACUGUCAGUAUCUGGAUAAUGUGUGAAAUUCUUGAUAAUGUAUGUGAUAUCAAUAGAGAGGUAUACUUUCUGGGUGAUUUUAAAUAUUGACUGGCUUUCAUCAGGCUGCCCACUCAAGAGAGCUUCAAACUGUAACCAGUGCCAGCAACCUGGUUCAGGUAUUCAGUCAACCUACCAGGGUAGUUACAAACAGUACAGGAAUGAAAUCAUCAACAUGUAGUGAUCAUAUCUUUACUAUUUCUGCAGAGAUUUGUUUGAAAGCAGUAUCCAAAUCCAUUGGAUCUAGUAAUCACAAUAUAGUAGCCAUAUCUAAGAAAACCAAAGUUCCAAAGUCUGGACCUAAUAUUGUGUAUAAGAGGUCAUACAAUAAGUUUUGAAGUGAUUCCUAUGUUGUUGAUGUAAAUCAUAUAUAUGUUGGUCCGUGGUGUGUAAUGAGGAGCAAACAGACACUGCACUUGACACAUUUUUGAAAUGGCUUAUUCCAGUUCCUAAUAAGCAUGCACCCAUUAAGAAAAUUACUGUAAAAACUGUUGAAUCUCCGUGGAUUGAUGAGGAAUUGAAAAAUGGUAUGGUUGAGAGGGAUGAGGCAAAAGGAAAGGCAAAUAAGUCUGGCUGCACAACCGAUUGGCAAACGUAUUGCAAAUUGAGACAUCAUGUAACUAAACUGAAUAAAAAGAAGAAGAAACUACAAUAUGACACAAAGAAUGAUAGUAAAUUGCUUUGGAGCACCUUAAAUUACAUUUUGGGGGAAAAAGGCAAACUCAACUCCAUCAUUCAUUGAAUCAGAUGGCUCAUUCAUCACAAAACCAACUGAUAUUGCCAACUACUUUAAUGAAUUUUUUCAUUGCAAGAUUAGCAAACUUAGCCAUGACAUGCCAGCAACAAUUGCUGACGCUACACAUCCAAGUAUAUCUGACCAAAUUAUGAAAGACAAGCAUUGUAAUUUUGAAUUCCGUAAAGUCUGUGUUGAAGAGGUGGAAAAAUUAUUGUUGUCUAUCAACAAUGACAACUUGGAUGAAUUAUUUCUGAGGAUAAUAGCGGACGAUAUUGGCACUCCUAUUUGCCAUAUUUUCAAUUUAAGCCUACUAGAAUGUGUGUGCCCCCAGGCUUGGAGGGAAGCAAAAGUAAUUCCUCUACCGAAAAAUAGUAAAGCCCCCUUUACUGGCUCAAAUAGCCGACCAAUCAGCCUGUUACCAACCCUUACUAAACUAUUGGACCAGAUACAAUGCUAUUUUACAGUAAACAAAUUGACAACAAAUUUUCAGCAUGCUUACAGAGAAGGACAUUCAACAAGCACAGCACGUACACAAAUGACUGAUGAUUGGUAAUAAAAAUAAUAAAUUGAUAAUAAAAAGAUUGUGGGGCCUGUUAUGUUAGACUUCAGUGCAGCUUUUGACGUUAUUGAUCAUAGUCUGCUGCUGGAAAAACGUACAGUGGGGAAAAAAAGUAUUUAGUCAGCCACCAAUUGUGCAAGUUCUCCCACUUAAAAAGAUGAGAGAGGCCUGUAAUUUUCAUCAUAGGUACACGUCAACUAUGACAGACAAAUUGAGAAAAAAAAAUCCAGAAAAUCACAUUGUAGGAUUUUUAAUGAAUUUAUUUGCAAAUUAUGGUGGAAAAUAAGUAUUUGGUCACCUACAAACAAGCAAGAUUUCUGGCUCUCACAGACCUGUAACUUCUUCUUUAAGAGGCUCAUCUGUCCUCCACUCGUUACCUGUAUUAAUGGCACCUGUUUGAACUUGUUAUCAGUAUAAAAGACACCUGUCCACAACCUCAAACAGUCACACUCCAAACUCCACUAUGGCCAAGACCAAAGAACUGUCAAAGGACACCAGAAACAAAAUUGUAGACCUGCACCAGGCUGGGAAGACUGAAUCUGCAAUAGGUAAGCAGCUUGGUUUUAAGAAAUCAACUGUGGGAGCAAUUAUUAGGAAAUGGAAGACAUACAAGACCACUGAUAAUCUCCCUCGAUCUGGGGCUCCACGCAACAUCUUACCCCGUGGGGUCAAAAUGAUCACAAGAACGGUGAGCAAAAAUCCCAGAACCACACGUGGGGACCUAGUGAAUGACCUACAGAGAGCUGGGACCAAAGUAACAAAGCCUACCAUCAGUAACACACUACGCCGCCAGGGACUCAAAUCCUGCAGUGCCAGACGUGUCCCCCUGCUUAAGCCAGUACAUGUCCAGGCCCGUCUGAAGUUUGCUAGAGUGCAUUUGGAUGAUCCAGAAGAGGAUUGGGAGAAUGUCAUAUGGUCAGAUGAAACCAAAAUAUAACUUUUUGGUCAAAACUCAAAGAAUGCUGAGUUGCAUCCAAAGAACACCAUACCUACUGUGAAGCAUGGGGGUGGAAACAUCAUGCUUUGGGGCUGUUUUUCUGCAAAGGGACCAGGACGACUGAUCCAUGUAAAGGAAAGAAUGAAUGGGGCCAUGUAUCGUGAGAUUUUGAGUGAAAACCUCCUUCCAUCAGCAAGGGCAUUGAAGAUGAAAGGUGGCUGGGUCUUUCAGCAUGACAAUGAUCCCAAACACACCGCCCGGGCAACGAAGGAGUGGCUUCGUAAGAAGCAUUUCAAGGUCCUGGAGUGGCCUAGCCAGUCUCCAGAUCUCAACCCCAUAGAAAAUCUUUGGAGGGAGUUGAAAGUCCGUGUUGCCCAGCGACAGCCCCAAAACAUCACUGCUCUAGAGGAGAUCUGCAUGGAGGAAUGGGCCAAAAAACCAGCAACAGUGUGUGAAAACCUUGUGAAGACUUACAGAAAACGUUUGACCUGUGUCAUUGCCAACAAAGGGUAUAUAACAAAGUAUUGAGAAACUUUUGUUAUUGACCAAAUACUUAUUUUCCACCAUCAUUUGCAAAUAAAUUCAUUAAAAAUCCUACAAUGUGAUUUUCUGGAUUUUUUUUUCUAAUUUUGUCUGUCAUAGUUGACGUGUACCUAUGAUGAAAAUUACAGGCCUCUCUCAUCUUUUUAAGUGGGAGAACUUGCACAAUUGGUGGCUGACUAAAUACUUUUUUUCCCCACUGUAUGUGUUAUGGCUUUACUCCCCCUGCUAUAUUGUGGAUAAAGAGUUACCUGUCUAAAAGAACAGAGGGUGUUCUUUAAUGGAAGCCUCUCCAACAUAAUCCUGGUAGAAUCAGGAAUUCCCCAGGGCAGCUGUAUAGGCCCAUUACUUUUUUCAAUCUUUACUAAUGACAUGCCACUGGCUUUGAGUAAAGCCAGAGUGUCUAUGUAUGCGGAUGACUCAAUACUAUACAUGUCAGCUACUACAGCGACUGAAAUGACUGCAACACAUAACAAAGAGUUGCAGUUAGUUUCAGAGUGGGUGGCAAGGAAUAAGUUAGUCCUAAAUAUUUCUAAAACUAAAAGCAUUGUAUUUGGGACAAAUCAUUCACUAAACCCUAAACCUCAACUAAAUCUUGUAAUGUGGAAAUUGAGCAAGUUGAGGUGACUAAACUGCUUGGAGUAACCCUGGAUUGUAAAGUGUCAUGGUCAAAACAUAUUGAUACAACAGUAGCUAAGAUGGGGAGAUGCAUGUCCAUAAUAAAGCACUGUUCUACCUUCUUAACAUCACUAUUAACAAGGCAGGUCCUACAGGCCCUAGUUUUGUCACACCUGGACUACUGUUCAGUCGUGUGGUCAGGUGCCACAAAAAAGGACUUAGGAAAAUUGCAAUUGGCUCAGACAGGGCAGCACGGCUGGCCCUUGGAUGUACACAUAGAGCUAAUAUUAAUAAUAUGCAUGUCAAUCUCUCCUGGCUCAAAGUGGAGGAGGGAUUGACUUCAUCACUACUUGUAUUUAUGCGAGGUAUUGACAUGUUGAAUGCACCGAGCUGUCUGUUUGAACUACUGGCACACAGCUCGGACACCCAUGCAUACCCCACAAGACAUGCCACCAGAGGUCUCUUCACAGUCCCCAAGUCCAGAACAGACUAUGGGAGGUGCACAGUACUACAUAGAGCCAUGACUAUAUGGAACUCUAUUCCACAUCAAGUAACUGAUUAAAAACAGAUUAAAAAACACCUUAUGGAACAGUGGGGACUGUGAAGCAACACAAACAUAGGCACAGACACAUGCAUACACACACGAUAACAAACUCACUAUACACACACGUACACAUGGAUUUUGUACUGUAGAUAUGUGGUAGAGCUGGAGUUGGGGCCUGAGGGCACACAGUGUGUUGUGAAUGUACAGUUGAAGUGGGAAGUUUACAUACACCUUAGCCAAAUACAUUUAAACUCUGUUUUUCACAAUUCCUGACAUUUAAUCCUAGUAAAAAUUCCCUUUCUUAGGUCAGUUAGGAUCACCACUUUAUUUUAAGAAUGUGAAAUGUCAGAAUAAUAGUAGAGAGAAUUCUUUAUUUAAGCUUUUAUUUAUUUCAUCACAUUCCCAGUGGGUCAGAAGUUUACAUACACUCAAUUAGUAUUUGGUAGCAUUGCCUUUAAAUUGUUUAACUUGGGUCAAACAUUUCGGGUAGCCUUCCACAAGCUUCCCACAAUAAGUUGGGUGGAUUUUGGCCCAUUCCUCCUGACAGAGCUGGUGUAACUGAGUCAGGUUUGUAGGCCUCCUUGCUCGCACACGCUUUUUCAGUUCUGCCCACACAUUUUCAAUAGGAUUGAGGUCAGGGCUUUGUGAUGGCCACUCCAAUACCUUGACUUUGUUGUCCUUAAGCCAUUUUGCCACCACUUUGGAAGUAUGCUUGGGGUCAUUGUCUGUAAACAAUUGUUGAAAAAAUUACUUUUGCAAUGCACAAAGUAGAUGUCCUAACCGACUUGCCAAAACUAUAGUUUGUUAACAAGACAUUUGUGGAGUGGUUGAAAAACAAGUUUUAAUGACUCCAACCUAAGUAUAUGUAAACUUCCGACUUCAACUGUAUUGAAAUGUUUUUUAAAUUGUAUGAACUGCUUUAAUUUAGCUGGACCCCAGGAAGAGUAGCUGCUGCCUUGGCAGCAGCUAAUGGGGAUCCAUAAUAAAUACAAUUAGAGAACCCAAAACCUAGACGAAAGUUGCCGAUUUCUAGUAUCAAACUGGCUUGACACUGGAAUGUUAAAACAGUGCUUAUUUGUUGCAAUUGUCUCUGUUUUAACACGUACAUGCUUUUAUCUGUGUAUGCACCCGUGCGUGUGUAUGUUUCCGGCCUUGUAGAUGUGGCAGGAGGCUACUCUCCAUCUAUGUUGGAUGCUGUGCGGAGAACGCUGGACACCUCUAAAGCCUUGACCAUCCAGGACACCCAGUACCACACGCUCACCUUCGAGGAGGUCUUCAGACUGGCCACACUGGGAGGCAGCCAAGGUGGGAGACUUGGCUGGAGGGGUGAUGGGGGUGGGGUGGAAGGGCCGUUAUAAUAUAUAAUAAUAAUAUGCCAUUUAGCAGACGCUUUUAUCCAAAGCGACUUACAGUCAUGCGUGCAUACAUUUUCUUUUUUUUUUUUGUGUAUCUGUGGUCCCGGGGAUCGAACCCACUACCUUGGCGUUACAAGCGCCGUGCUCUACCAGCUGAGCUACAGAGUUAUCACCGUCAUUAAAUCAAUACAUCAAUCAUCAGUUUGAAAGAUCGGAUACAUGAUGAACUAUGAAUUGAUACAGAUGCAUGCGCUCAAAAGUUACUUUUCAAAACGCCUGUGCUGCAGCAUCGCUACAUCGUUGAUAGGACAAAUUCUCUUGCAGGGUGACGUCAAGCAAACAAGAUUGUUUGCAAUCAUCUAAACUGCAAUGAAAUGCAUAGGAGACAUUUCUGAAAUAUGUCCUUGACAGUGCAGGUAUAUCCACUGCGCUAAAAUCAAAAAAUGUUUUAAUGCACCCAACGGUUUAUUUGUUUAUUGAUUUCUUGAUUGAUAAAUGAUGAAUAAUUGAUUGCUAUUCUGAGCUCUGGAUUGAUUGUUUGGUUUGUAGCCCUAUCCCUGGAUGAGCAUACAGGAAACUUUGAGGUGGGGAAAGACUUUGACGCUCUGCGAGUGAAUACGGAUGCAGCAGGAGGACCCAUUGACCUAAUCAAUCACGGGGAGGAGCCUAAGGUAGGAACCAGAGCAAUAUGUUGCCCCUGUUGGCCUUCAAUGGUGUUGAAAUAUCACAGCUGUUACUUGUUGAGUCAUUCUAUCUAAACCAAGUCAAACCAGGUCUUAUUAAAUGUGUGACUCGAAUCAGACUUCAAUCCAAAUUAUAGGAUUCUAGUCCACAACUCAGGAAGUGACUGAUUCACUCCCCCAACAUGACAUUCAUCUUGGCUACAUGUGAUUUCAGGUGCUCCUGGAGAAGUUCUUGAAUUUGGGUAAGUGUUUCAUCUCUGUUACUGUCUCUCUCACACAAUAGGUUACAUGUAUUCAGACUUUGGUGGUUGGGGCUAUGAUGUGCCAUGAAAGUAUUGUGGCGAAUUCGGGGAUAGCCCUGACCCGGACUCAAACCUGGGUCCUUGAUUUCCUAAACUCUUGAUGAGGUCGCUAAGUGUUGUAAGGUCACUAAAGCAUGUUUAUGUGAUAUUUUGUUCCAUCUUUGUUCCCCCUUUCUCCUUCAGGGGAUGAUCGUAACAUUGCGGAGGUGUACGUGGCAGGGAAGCGAGUGGUCCCAUUCGUAGACAGACCAUAG